GUUCCGCGUUAUUGGCUGCCAGCAGAUGGGAGACUUUUACCUUUAACUGAGAGAAGCAGUACAAUUGGUCGUCGUCGUCCGAUUCCAAAUCAGGAUCAACUUUUUCUUCUUCCAGCACCCCGGAGAGGUAGAAAUCGGCCAGGACCGCUGGGAACUGAAAGAGCGACUGCAACAGGACUCCGAGCAUGGAGCCUAUAACGUCGUGGAGCGAGGAGAGUGUCAGCAAGUGGCUCCAAGGUUUGGAUGCCCCCCUGCAUCAGUAUCCGGUUGCAGAGUGGCAUUUAGCAGGUGUGGACCUGCUCCAAUUGACUUCUCAGGACCUGGAGCAGUUGGGAGUCCAUAAGAUUGGACACCAGGAGAUCAUACUGGAGGCUGUGGAAAAACUGUGCUGUCUGACUUAUGGUAUAGGUGGUGAGAACCUGCGUGGUCUGACAGAGAAGCUCCGCGCUGUUGCUCACGGCCUACAGAUGGGCAUCCAGAGCCGCUGGCGCCUCAACAACUACGAUGGACGGAGCACUUUCAAGCUGACUCCUGGGGUUCUGCAUCUUCUAGUGGAACUCAUCACGUCAGCCAAAGGCCUCUUUUCUUUGCUCAACAGAUAUCAGUUUUCCCAGCUGGCCACAUACACCACCACCAAGAACAUAUUCAGUUACUGCAAAGAGCUGGGAGACAUUGUGCACAAGAAUAACACUGUCUAUGAAAAAGAAAAGGACAUCAUCUCUGUUUCCCGUCAGUUGGUGGGGGUUUGUGAUGAGAUCCUGAACUCCAGCCCUGAAGCACUCCUCACCCAUACUGCUCAGCUGGAGAGCCUCGACCUGGUACCCAUAUCACCUGGUGAUCAGCUGGGCAUUGAGAUAACGUCCACCAACUCCAGUAACCACUACGUGACCGGAACUGCUGCUGAGCCUUCUACUGAUGCCUACGUAAAGAUCUUGGCUGGUGAUGAAGUGAUUCAAGUCAAUGAUCAGAUAGUGGUGGGCUGGAGCAGAGCUAACCUCGUGAAGAAGCUGCGUGAGAGUCCCAGUGGAGUGACUCUCAUCUUGAAGACGAUCCCUGGAUCAGUGCGACACAAAUACUCAGUCCAGCUCUCCUCUGCACAGAAAGAAGACAACACAGGAGAAAAGUCAGAGGAGGAAGACGAAAAGGACGAGGAGGACAAUCCACGGCACUCCAUAUUUAAUAGAGUGGCAGCAUCUGUCAGGUCCUUCUCUUUUAGGCGAGCUGUUCAGAGGCCAGAGAUACAACAGCAGCCCAUGGGACAGGAGGAAUCCGAGAUACCUUCUGAACCAGAGACUACUUCAAAUCUAAGCCAACAGGGGGCGCUUUUGGGACCAACAGGGUCCAGCAGUUUGCAUGGUUCAAGGCUUUCCCUGAAUUUCGAAAGAGACCGGUCGCCCUCACCUCUAAGAAACAAACAGGAAAGAGCUAGCAUCAGUUCCUGCCCUGACAUGGUGGGACAGACGGGGAACAAGGAGGGUAAGAAGAGCUCCACAAAAGGAAUGACGACGGCUUUGAGUCGGCGUCGUGUGUCCUGCCGUGAUUUGAGUCACCCCGACUGUGACGGCUGGCUUUGGAAGAAAAGAAAGGAGAGCAGUGUCUUCAUUGCGCAGAAGUGGCAACGUUUCUGGUUUGUGCUCAAGGGGCCUCACCUUUACUGGUACAAGAGCCAACAGGAGGAGAAGGCAGAGGGUCUGCUCAAUAUAUCCAGCUAUGGCAUAGAGAGCGCCGGAGAGCACAAGAGAAAAAACGUAUUCCAAAUGUGCCACCAGAAGUUUCAGAGCUUCAUCUUCGCUGCAGAUAAUGUCACUGACAUGAGCAAGUGGAUAAAUUGUUUGAUCAUUGCUAUACAGAAGCACAAGAAGUCCCACAAAGGCCCAGACAGUGAGGAAGAGUGUUACAGUGAAACUGAAUCGGAGAGUGAAUCAUCUCCUUCAUCUCGCAGGAAAAACAAGAAGGUACAGUCCAACACUAUGCCUCUCCCCAAGGCUAAGAACAGGGUGCCGUUAUCAAAAUCGGCAAUAGAGGGCAGCAAAGGAACAGAACCUGCUCAAGUAGAUGAGAUGGGCAGGAUGUUAAACAACUUAAAGGAAGGAGGUGUUUCUUUGAUUGGUCACGAGCAGCCCCUUACGCAGGACCACUUUAGGAAGUCAUUUAUUCGGCGCAACAAGAAUCCCAUCAUCAAUGAAAAGGCACUCACACUCCGAGCUCUGCAAAGCACUCUAAAGGCCAAAGAAGCGGAGUUGCAGCAGAUCAACAGGAUCCUGGAUGACUCUGAUCUGACAGCUUCAAAAUACCGUCAGUGGAAGGAGAACAAUGAGGAACUUAUCCAAGAAAUUGAGAAACUGGCCGCACUCAAGGCCUCCAAAGCAGGGGAUCAGGCGCCUGUGCAGGACACACCUACUGAGGAGGUUGCCUUAGAAACUGUUGCCAAGGAAACAGCCACCGCAGAGACAGAAGGCGCAUACAGACUAAGUCUUAGCGAUGGGGAGCAGUUAGUCGAUGCACAGCCAUCUGAUGUUCUUUUGGAGAUCCCACAAGCGUCUCCAAGCCCAGUAUUAGAAUUCUCUCUUGGAUCGCUGCAAGAUUCAAUAAACAGACAGCUCAGUGAAAUGGCGCAAAGUGGAGACUCUGCAGAGAACUACUUCUUCAUUUAAGACCACACUGAAAAAAAUCUCACCAGUUCAGAGUCGCUCUGUUUAAUAACAUUUAAUAGACAAAUGAAAGAGUUUCUUCAUGCAACAGUGUGAGACAGCACAGAGGUUUUUCCAUUAGGAAUAGGGAAAAGGGCCACAAAAUCAAAAAUCCAAUCAAGAAUGUCAGUGAAAUGUGUGAGUACAUGUUUGUAUUUUUCUAUAGAAACAAAUUUAGAUAUAUGACAAGUUUACAACAGCAAGGAGAACAUGAAAUUGCCAAGUGUCACAGUCUCAGUUUGAUAUGUAUUUAUAGAAUUUUAAAAUUUUCUUCUGUGGUUAAAAAACAAAAAUCUUGUGAUGUAAGUAACCUUUUGCAAUGUGAUAUGUAAAUACAGUUUUAUUAUAAAUACUCUAUGUAUUUGUUUAUUGACAUUACCUUAAUAAAGGUCCAUGUGAAUAA